AGUCGAUCAGGGGACCAAUCAGGAUCGAGUGGACCGGGCUGUAAGAGGAGUAUCUACCUGUGCAGGUAGACUCUUUUCCCUCUUGGAAAGCACCUGUAAACGGUGGCACUCUCACGAGGACUGCGCACCACCACCAGUUUUUAGACACGUUUUCCCAACGUUUAACACACAUUUAAACCGUGUGGAAACAGAAUGGAAAGCUGGAGGCCGGUUUUGCUGCUGUUUCUGAUCUGCCACGCGCGCGGUACCGGGGCGCGCGACGCCAGGCAGCACGUGUACGGGAAGGUGGUCCACCUGCUGUCCCCUGGAGAAGAUGAGCUGAGUGACAGCGCCGUCCGCUCCUUUUUCAGCCUCCUGGAGAAACGUGUGCAGUGGGCCGGUGUGUCGUGUGGAAAGUCCCUACUGGAGGAUAACCUAAACCAGUUGGUCAGCAACUACAGCAGCUCCAGUGGUUUACAGGAGGAUGGCUUCUACAGACUGGCUGCUGGUUGCUGUCUUUUCCUCAGCUCUGCCUCAAACACAUGCACAGCCAUCCGGGAGGGUCGGUGGGCUCAGGAGACUGAUCAGUUCAUUCAGUCUAUGCUAACCCACGAUGACCACAGUGACCACUAUGAAGAAGGUUUAGAGAAGCUGCUUCACAAUAUGGAAGAGUAUUACGUCCCUGAGUUGCAUGAUGAGCACUGUCUCUCUGUGACGGACAUCCUUCAAGAAAGCAAUGUGACAAACGAACAUGAUCACCAACACGCUGACCCUCACACUGACCUGGACGCAGUUCUGGGCACUGUGAUCUACCAUGUCCUGCUGGGAGACUGUAUGAGCGCUCACAGCCUUCCAGAAAUGCAGUUCUUCAUGAAUUAUAUAUUCAACCACUUCGGUCCAGACAACAUCACUGUUGGAGAUCUACAGAGUUUGAUGAAUGCUCUGAACCUGGGUCGCACGGGCGGAAACAGUGAUAACGACCACGGCCAUGACCACGCCCAUGAGGUCCAUGAUGAUGGUGAAGGCCCCAGACACGCUCACGAGGAGCCUCACGUCCUCAGCAGCAGCUGGAACGCGACGUGUUUCAGUGCUCAGGAGCUUUUGAUGAUCUACCGACUGAACAGUUCAGGACUGAACAGAGAUCAGUUCACACAGCUAAGCCCCGCCCUGAUCCAGCAGCUCCUCAGUAAAGCCUGUACUGAGACCAGUCCAAUAACAAACCCCACUGGUGACAAACUCAGCACCACUGAGCGGUACUUGUACGCCACUUUAGCCAACACAGUGAUCUGUCUGAUGGCCAUGUUUGGGAUCGUGAUGCUUCUUUGCACUUCCUGCAGCGGCUUCUUCCAGCUCAGCAUCCAGUUCUGCAUCAGCCUGGCUGUGGGUUCGCUGACCGGUGAUGCACUGCUGCAUCUCCUGCCCACGUUCCUGGGUCUCCACGUGCACGGCGAGGGACAGAGUGAUGGACACGGCCAUUCAGAGGAAAACUCCACCUACAUCUUCAAGCUUCUGGUGGUUGUGGGAGGAAUCUACUACUUUUACCUGAUGGAGACCAUCUUCUCAAUCAUCACUCGCAAAAACAGCGACCAUCAUCAUCACCAUCAUCAUCACGGAGAGGAAGGAGAUCCGCAUCACUGUGACCACGGCAAAGUUCUGCAGAUGUACCAGAGAGAGAAGAAGAACAAGCUGUCUACAUCACAGGCUGAGCUGGUCGAUGGGGAAAACAAUAUUAAAUCCAUCCCAGAACCGGCCCCUCGCACAAGAGAACAGAAACUGCUACCGUACAUGAUCACCAUCAGCGACGGCAUCCACAACUUCGCUGAUGGUCUGGCCAUAGGGGCGGCGUUCUCUCUGUCCUGGCGCUCGGGAUUGGCCACGUCUCUGGCUGUGCUUUGUCAUGAACUUCCACAUGAGCUGGGUGAUUUUGCUGUGCUGCUGCACUGUGGCGUGUCGGUAAAGAAGGCUCUGCUGCUGAACGUCGGGAGCGCUCUCACCUCCUUCAUUGGUCUGUACAUCGCACUCUCAGUCUCCACAGACUCUACGGCUAAAGAGUGGAUAGCAGCCGUGACCACUGGCCUGUUCCUCUACGUAGGACUCGCUGAUAUGCUUCCCUCCAUGAUCCACGCGGAACACAAGAGGCCCUGGCUGAUGUUUGCACUGCAGAACCUGGGACUGUGGACCGGCUGGGGCAUUCUGCUGCUGCUGUCCUUCUUCGAGGAUAAGAUCGGCGUCUAGAGAUGCUUUUUAGAGGUUUUGAGGGUUUGCAUCAAGUAGGUCUUGCAUCUGUAUUUCACAGGUUACAAGGAGCAAAAAAACAGAUAAAUGCAUGCAAAGCAAUACGAGCUGCUAAUCGGAGAACCAUUGGGUUUAGAUAUGAGUUGCAUGAAGUUUGUGUUGCUGAAAAAGAGCUUAGGAAGAAAGCCUGACACUAACUGCAGAGAAUUUAUGGAGCACUAACCAAGAAGUAAAUACAGUGAAAGAAGAGACUUGUUUUAUGUAAAAACUGUGUUCUGUGUUUUUAUAUAUAUAUAUAUAUAUAUA